AUGAGACUGCCGACACUUCUCGCCGGGCUGUUCGCCUGCCUCAUCACCGACGUCGCCGCUACUGCCCUGACUUAUAAGCUCGGCGCCAACGAGAAGGCCUGCUUCUACACUGCGACGAAAAAGGAGGGCGAGAAGAUCGCAUUCUACUUUGCCGUCCAAUCUGGAGGUUCUUUCGAUGUCGACUACAUUGUUGAGGGUCCCAAUGGCAAGAUCAUCAUGGAUGGCCAGAAGGAGAGGCAGGGUGACUUUGUCUUCUCGGCCAACGUGGUUGGUGACUACUCGUUCUGCUUCGACAACGAGAUGAGCACCUUUGCCGAGAAGUAUGUCGACUUUGAGAUUGCCGUCGAGAACGAGGCCCGCGCCCAGCUGCCCUCGAAGCAGGGAACCACCCCAGAGCAGACCUCUGUCCUGGAGGAGUCCAUCUUCAAGGUGUCUGGCCAGCUCUCUACCAUCUCGCGCAACCAAAAGUACUUCCGAACCCGUGAAAACCGCAACUUUGCCACCGUCAACAGCACCGAGGGCCGAAUCAUCAACUUUAGCAUGAUCCAGAUCGGCCUGAUCAUCUGUAUGGGUGCCCUGCAGGUGUUUGUCGUUCGGUUCUUUUUCCAGGGUGCGCGCAAGGGUUACGUAUAA